UUUUUUGAAAUUAUAUACCUGUUGAUUUUGAAUGGGUUUAGGGCAUAUUUUGAGAAAAUGUCUGGGCUAUGGGUACAAGAAAAACCCCCAGACCCAGCUCGGUCUCUAUGAGAUAUCUUCCUUCCUUAUCCUCCUUCCUGAUUCCCCUCUCCUGCGCUUUCCUUUUUUUUUGGUAGGCUGACCGACAUUUGCUAACAUGCUCAAAAUACCACUCAAAUGAUGGGUGUGUAUCGUUAAAAUAUUUAAACUGUCCAAAACCAGGAACCGUUCUUAUUUUGAAAUCCGGAAGAAUACAUCCAAGCUAAAAUUUUAUUUUUUAAAGAUUUUUCAGAUUUAAUGGCUCUAUUAUUUUUAAAUUUAUUUCCAAAAAUAUUUGUCAGAAAUGCAAGUUCAAGUUGUAUUAAUAGUUUUACUUUGAGGACUCAUAAUUGUGGGGAACUUAGACUGGAACAUGUUGGACAACGAGUCAAAAUUUAUGGGUGGCUAGAGACUAAAAGGAUGGACAACGCCUAUGGAAGUGUUCAAGCUUUGGCUUCAGACCAAAUGAAGGAUUUGAUUAAAUCUUUAAAAGAGCAGUCUUCUGUUUGUGUGGAAGGGACAGUUUUGGAUAGAGGGAAGGAUAGAAAUAAUAAAAUACCUACUGGACAGAUUGAGGUUUUAUUUGGGAUUUUUUAGAAUUUUUGGGAAUUUAUUUUGGGGCUUAUGGAAAAAUAUAAGGUCCUUUUGGCUCCGGGUAGUC